UCUUUACUUGACGGCAUUCAGCAAGUCAGCACACACGCCUUUAUCUCACUGGGGGAGUCGCUGUCUGCCACCAUCUGCAGCAGUGCGCCUCAGCAGGAUGUACAUUUAUAGAAUCGGAUAGCAGCAGCAUGUGGCUCUGAUGUCUUUGAGUUAAAAGUUAUCAAGUAUCAAAAGCGCAAUAAGGUUUUUGGACAGGAAUCUGUCUUCAGUCAGAAAAGCCUACACCAUUUUCCAUCUUUAUUUGUCGUUUAUGCAACUUCCACAACUCAGCGCUUUAGCAGCUUAUUCUCACACACACAAAAAAACUCCUCCUCCCACCCACGUGCAGGUUUUGGUAUCUAGCUCUGUCAUAGCGACAGAGACAUGUAGACAGAGAGUGAGGCAGAGACAGGAUGAGUCUGAGAGGAAGACCACCUCGCGCAUGAUACAAUGGAAAUGUGGCUGAAACGGUCGGCUCCGGUGUUCCUCGCAGUUGCAGUAGCAGCCGUGGUGAUAUCAGGUCAAGAGCCUGUGAUUCUGGAUUCAGUUCGAACAGAAGUGACACAUCCUCUUGGUUCCCCACUGAUUUUUAAGUGCAAUUUGGAUACGACAAGAAAUCAAAGAGUGUGGGUGGACUGGUAUUUUAACCCCUCUGGAGAUUUAUUCAAUGAGUCAACCCUUUUAGAUCCAAAGAACAGAUCUACAAAGACCUCCACAGCAAUGCCUGACAAAAGGAAGGUUGAUGACAAAGACGAUGAACAAAUUUUGUAUAAUCACACCUUGGGUGCUAAAUAUAAUGACAGCGGAUGGUACUUUUGCAAAGUACGAAAAGAUAUUCCCAUCUUGAAAGAUUAUGUCAGCAAUGGAACAAAAGUUGUUAUCACGAAGAGUGAGGAACAUUCAACGCACCCGUCACUAACUGUAAAAGCGACUGAGUCUCCCAUAGCAAACUUCCAGCUGUGGUACUGGAUCGUGUUGGGGGUGUCUGCUUUCGUCCUGAUCGUCCUGCCGGUCAUGUGCAUCUUGCUGAGAAGAAGAUGGCGCAGAAGCAGAGAGGAUCCUAUCUAUGCCAACACUCGUCCUGUGCUCAGCAAGCAGCCCUCACCUCGGCCGAGGAUUCCGGCGGACACCCUGAAGACGGCUUCUUCAUCUCAAAACCUCCGGGACCCGAGUCCCAAGAGGUACGACGACAGCACGCGGAGACACAGGCGGUGAAGAAGACGUGGACCCCACAUAUCUCUUACUCAGCCCCUCCACAUAUGUAAUCACAGAUUGUACUCACUGCAGUGAAAGUUGAAUGAGAUGUCUGUUAUAUUAUCAUGUUUGUUUUGUUUCGUUUUUUUCAUUUAAUCAGAUGUUAUUACUCUUCUCUUAAAGGUGCACUAUGUAGUUUGGGGGAUGAAAUAUUAAUCAGAAGAGAAAGAUUUUCAUUGACUUAUU